AUGCGGUGGCUCCUUUCACUACUUCUUGUGGGGCUCUGGGGAGCUGUUGUCCAUGCGCUCAGCAGUGCUGGCAACCGGUUACUAGCCAUCCUAGACGACGUUGCAGAUAAGGACUUGUUUUCGACGUUCUGGAAGGAUUUAGAAGAUACUAUAGGUCGGGGAUACUCCAUAUCAUUCCAAUCGCCCAAAGAUGAAAGCCUUUCGCUCUUUAAACAUGGAGAGAGAGCAUAUGACCACAUCGCCCUCUUCCCUCUAAAGUCAAAAGGACUGGGGCCCGCAUUAACUCCCAAAACGCUCCUUGAUUUUAUCAACAGUGAAGGAAACAUCCUCCUCGCUCUCUCAGGUGGUUCAGCGAUCGCCAACUCUGUUAGUUCCGUCCUACUUGAGCUAGAGAUCAGCCUCUCUCAAGACCGCCAUGCGCUUGUUGUCGACCACUUCAACUACGACACCCUCUCCUCUCCCGAAAACCACGAUGUUAUUCUCCUUCCACGACCGCAAGCACUCCGUGCGGAUCUCAAAUCAUAUUUCUCUGGCGAAGGAGUGGUCGCUUUCCCCAAAGCUGCGGGCCAAUCAUUGGGGGCUGCCAGUUCGUUACUAGUUCCAAUACUUCGAGCUCCUGAGACUGCAUAUAGCUAUGAUGUGAUAGAGGAGGAGCAAACGGUAGACGCGUCUUUCGCGUUUGGGUCUCAGAUUUCAUUGGUCUCAGCAAUGCAGGCGAGGAAUUCGGCCCGAUUCACAGUAGUAGGGUCUGCGGAGAGUCUUAAGGACAAAUGGUUCUCGGCCAGCGUUAAGGGCCUGAAGGAUGGGAAGAAAACGCAGACGGUAAACAGGGAGUUUGCAAAGCAAAUUAGUGCUUGGACUUUUAAAGAGACUGGAGUGAUUAAAGUGGGUAAAGUGCAACAUUAUUUGAAUGCCGAUGGCUAUGCGGAAUCUCCCCCUUCGAAUGAAUCUGGAUCAUUAAACCCUUCGAUAUACCGGAUAAAGAAUGAUGUGACAUUUAACAUCGAGCUUUCCGAGUACAACGACGACCACUAUAUCCCUUUUGAAACCCCUGAAGAAGAUGCCGUCCAACUUGAAUUUACCAUGCUAUCGCCUUUCCACCGUCUGACUCUCAAACCAGUAACCAGGACAGCAAAUAGCACCAUGUAUAGCACCUCAUUCACCUUACCUGAUCAGCACGGUAUCUUCUCCUUCCGUGUCAACUAUAAACGACCUUUCCUCACCAACGUUGAUGUGAAAGAGGAAGUCACUGUUCGACAUUUCGCUCAUGACGAAUGGCCCCGUAGCUGGAAGAUCACAGGCGGCUGGGUCUGGAUUGCGGGGUUGUGGUCCGUUAUUGGUGGUUUCCUAAUUUUCGUCGCUGUAUGGUUGUACUCGGCGCCUCCAGAGACGGAGAAUAGCAGGUCUAAAAAAGUCAAGUGA